UGAUCAACCGAGUGAGAUAGAGAACUAUCUACUAGCUAUAGCUUGCUACUUUGUAAGAUAAGUCCUCUCUAUCAUGGCUCCCAACAGAGAAAACCUAAUGGGCUCAUCCUCAAGAGAACAAGAAAACUUGACAAGUAAGCCACUGCCGCCUCCAAAACUCUCAAUGGAAAGUCUUCAAAGAACAAUGUCUGACAUCUCACUCGAGCUAAUGAUGACCAAGGAAUUAGCCGCCAUUAACAAUGAAGGCGAUGGUGGUGAUCACGGUCAUAAGGACCUUCCGGCCAUAUCGGAGGAUGAGGAGCUGGCCAAAUGCGAAUGCUGUGGCAUGGCCGAGGAGUGCACGGCCGACUACAUAAGCCGCCUACGCCGCAAGUUCUCGGGCAAGCUAGUGUGUGGGAUCUGCGCCGAGGCGGUGAACGAAGAGAUGGAGAAGAAAGGAGUGACGCGAGAAGAGGCGCUGAAAGAGCACAUGAGCGCUUGUUCCAGGUUCAACAAGCUUGGCAGGACUCAUCCUCUUCUCUACCAAGCCGAGGCUUUCAAACAAAUCUUAAAGAAGAGUUCGAGUGGUAGGGCUAAGUCUCUGAGUCCUAGGGAUUAUAAGGGGACUACUACUGGUCAAAGGAAGAGUGCUGGAGUUCUUUCUAGGAGCUCCAGUUGUAUUCCUACAAUAGUUAGGAACGACAUAGAUUAACAUAUAUAUAUUUAUAUUAUAUACAUACUAUGAGAUGCUCUUAAUAUUAGUUAGCAAUGAUAGCUAUAUAUAUAUAUAUAUAUAUAUGCGAACAACACAACUUAUUAUUAUAACUACAACACACAGAGAUAACCAGAUUAUAUGUACGUAGUAUUAUCUUUUUUACUUUAAUAAAGCUAUGAUAUCUGUACGUGUAUUUUCUUAAUAUGAAGUGUUCUCUGGAAA